AUGGCUGAAGAGCACCCGGUACUAAAGCCGAAAAAGCGGAACUCGGCCGAUGCUGAGAGCGUUGGUGAUACACCUGCUCCACGGAGUAAGAGGGGCAAAUACACCUCUGUUGCUUGUAGUCAGAAUAUUCAAGCUCUGAAUCAUCAAUUAUCAGAGCUUCGUCAACAAAUGUCAGAUCUCGUCGGCGUCGUCCGCGAGCUCAAAGACCAGAACCAAAACAACCACCAAACUCUUCCCCACGAUGCCUCAACCGUAUCAUCCCACAACAUAGUAACCCACUCCCCCGCCAGCACGCACCGCGGCGAAAUGCCCAAACAGCCUCAAUUUGUCGGUCCAACACGCUCCGCAUUCGGAAUCCUCGUAAGCGAACGCUCCCUCAAUAGAAUGGGCGUUCCCAAAUUCGACUCCAUGCCGCCCAGCGGUGCACAAUCGCCCAUCGAACCAGCCCUCGACAGCAUUAACGACCUAAGUUUCUGGCACUGCUGCACGGCGAGUGAUAUCACGAAAUAUCUUGUUAAUUUCCAGGAGGAGGUUGAGUCUGUGUAUCCGUUUAUUGAUAUUGCGGAGUAUAUCGCGCAGAGCAAGGAGAUAUUGCAGGCUAUUCGUGGGGGCGGGGGGUUUGAGGAUGAGGGGAGGGUUAGUGGGAAGGAUAUUGAUAUUGCGAAAGUGGCGAUAUCGACGGGGAUUCUGCUUGAGGAGCCGAGUAAGCUCGAGUUGGCGACGGCGAUUGUGGAUUCGGUGCAGACGAAUGUGUCGAGCAUUCUGAGUCCACAGGUUGAUUUGAAGGAAGUUCAGCUAUUGGCGAUGCUGAAUGCAUGGUUGGUCGUCGAUAUAGCGCAGGAUACGAUCCAAGUUCUGGUUCAUCUGCAUGCUACGACGGAUAUCUACAAGCGACAGCAGAAUGUCUUUAAUUACUUUCUACUCAGUGCUUUGGCGGUUAUUUUCCUAGCUGUGUGUCACGCCCCAGAGAUCUUCUCCGUGCCGUGCAAGCGCACAUUCUCAGAUGGCGUUGAACUAGUGCGAGGAUUAUCACGGCACAAUAUUGUGAGCAAAAGACUUUGGAAGAGCAUUCGCGGUAUGAUUCCCCGAAUGAACACUUUCGGCUUUCCUCAAAACGGUGAAGAUGGCGAGCCUCGAAAAGACGAUGAAAACGGGGUUACAGCUGAGCAAAGUGUUCCGCAAGUCGACGCCAACGCUGAAGAGCACGCCCCCAUGGCAAUGCCCGACAACGACGCCUUUUCCUUCGGCGACAUGAUGUUCGGCGACGCAGACGUCGCAAACUCCGUCCCUGACAUGUUCCAAAUGAGCGAAUCCCUGCUCAACCUCUUCAACGCAUUCGGCGAGGGUCAGCAAUUCUUACAUCCCGUUCCCAGCACAUUCAGCGAAGAAGGAGAGUACGCUAUGGCAGCAGAGCAAGGAAAGGAUAUAUCAAUGAGAUUCCAAGGGUUAAUAUAA